AUGGUCGGCUCGUCCUUCGUUGAUCGCGCACGCGGCGCCCCCGACGACGAUGACUACCCCAUCGACGACGCGUUCCCUCGCUCGUCCGUCGCGCGCGCCCUGCCACAAGACUCCGCCGAAGAAACGCCCUUCCAGCAGCUCAUACGCCACUGGAUGAACGAACGGCACGCGCCAGAUAUCCUCCCUGGACAAGAGAUGCUGCUAGGACGCCUGUUGGACCACAUCAGCAAACAGUCCAGCGACGUCGAACUGCUUCGUGCUGACCCAGACUCGUCGGAAGAGGAGCACUUCCGCAUCAUGCUGGUGCAGACGGAGGUUGAACGAGUCAAGUUUGUGAUUCGUUCCUACAUCCGCACGCGAUUACACAAGAUCGAGAAGUAUGCGCGCUUUAUCAGUGCUACUCCUGGCAUGCAUGAGCGACUAUCGAAGGCAGAGCUGGACCACGCGCAACGGUACGCACGCCUUGUGGAGUAUCACUUCAACCAAACGGUACUUCAAGGCCUUCCUCUGCAACAAAGGUCGCUGGAAGAGGAUGUAGCCUUCAUGCCCCCUAUGACACCGUCGCCUGAUAAAUUAAAGCCAGUCUUUGCUCAUGCACUCGUAGACUGCCCACCCGUCUAUCUUCCAGAUGGUACUGCAACACAAUGGCAAAAGGGACAGAUUUCCCUGACACCGUAUUACGUUGUAGAGCAUCUGCUCCUUCGAGGGGAGGUUGAGCUUGUAUAA